UACCUGGGGACGGCGCCGAUGGAGCCGAGCUCAGCGCCGGCGGGGCCGGGGGCGGCCGAGGGGCUGGAGCCCGAGCCCGAGGGCGCGGAGGGGCCGCGGGCCGCGCUCCCCUUCUUGGCCUGGAGCGCCGCGGAGGUGGCUGAGUGGGUGGUGCGGCUCGGCUUUCCCCAGUACGAGGAAUGCUUCAGGGCCAACGGCAUCACCGGCCGCCGCCUCAUCCUCGUGGACUGCUCCAGGCUGCCCGCCAUCGGCGUCACGGACUUCGGCCACAUGCAGGAGAUUUCACGACAUGUGCGAGAGUUGCUGGGGACUGAGGAGCCUCUCUUCAGCAGAUCCAUCGCCCUCCCAUACAGAGACAACAUGGGUCUCUUCCUGGAGCGAAAGUCCCGAUCAGGAAAGAAAGCAGAUGCUCUCACUUUCUCACAGUUUGUCCGAGAAGCAGGGCUGGAGCCCUACGCUACAGUUCCUCCUUUGCAACGAGCCCGGGCUGGGGUAGAAGCAGAUGCUCUCCCUGUAUCGCAGAGCACCCAGAGGCAGGAUUAGAGACUCACAUUGCACAUCCACCUUUGUUAGAAGCCUAUUAGGGACAGCAGAAUAUACCUGUCAGUUUGUCCAAGGAGGUACAGUUCCACCUCGUCCCGAUUACAGAAAAGGCCAUUGCAGCUCUUAGCCCUUUGAUGACAGCAAACACACCCCCACAUUGGCUCUUUUCUGCAAUCCUUCGUUUGCUUCCAGGAACUAAAUGAAGCAAAAGCUAUCAAUCAGACUGUACCACUGUCUGUCUUUCACUUCUGCUUCACAGUUCAUUACAAAGACCAAUAAAGAACCGUAGACAUAUUUAAAUUACCAGUGAUUGAUAACUUCCCUGCAGCUCAAGUGAAUAGAUUUCUCCCAGGCUUCAGUGUCUGCAGACUGGGCUCACUGCAAAGCCCAGGUGUAAGAUAAAUGGCAUAUACAGUAACUGGUGUACAGGUGUGGUGACAGCUGCCGUUGGCCAUAGUAAUUAAGUGAAGGGCCUAGUUGCAACCUGCACAACUAAUCCUUGGCCUCACCACAGAAAUGAUUUCCUGUGAGGCAAAACCAGGCAGUGGUUUCUCAUAGUAAACAGUACUGAUACACAUGAUAGGUGAUGGCAGGAAGUGUAAGAGAAUACUGUAAGCUGAACUAG